ACAUCCAUGCCAUCUCUACGACUUGGAAACACUGCUCCAGAUUUUGAAGCCGUUACAACGGCUGGGCCCAUUAAAUUCCACGAAUGGAUUGGUGACUCCUGGGCUAUCCUCUUCUCCCAUCCUGGUGAUUUCACCCCCGUUUGCACCACCGAACUUGGAGAAGUCGCCCGACGUGGGCCCGAUUUCGCUAACCGCAACGUAAAAGUCAUCGGUAUCUCCGCCAACGGACUCGAGGAACAUCACAAAUGGGUCAAGGAUAUCAAUGAUUAUGGCUCAAAGGUUGCCCCCACAGAUGUUCAGUUCCCCAUCAUCGCCGACCCAGACAGGAAGAUCUCGACGCUGUAUGAUAUGUUGGACGAGCAAGACGCAACCAACCGCGACGCAAAGGGUCUUCCUUUCACAAUCCGAACUGUUUUCGUCAUCGAUCCCAAGAAGGUUAUUCGUUUGACCCUGGCUUACCCUGCCUCCACUGGGCGCAAUUUCGACGAGAUUCUUCGUGUUAUUGAUUCUCUCCAGCUCGGCGACAAACACCGUAUAACUACACCCGUCAACUGGAAGAAGGGAGACGAUGUCAUUGUUCAUCCCGGCGUCACAAACGAUGAAGCAAAGACCCUGUUCCCCGACUACAGCCAGCACCUCCCAUACCUGAGGACCACCCCUUUAAAAGUUGAAAAGGAUUAAGAACUGGAGGCAACUGUAGUAAUGUUAAAAUGUUGAUUGUACUUCUACUUUAAAUGUCAUUUGAGUCCGUGAUC